CGGCACUCGCGCUUCCGUCUCCGCCGGGCCGCACGGAGGGCGGAGCUGCGGCCCGAGGACGCGACGCGAGCCCAGUUCCGGCGAGGAGGCCGCGCCAGUGACAGCGAUGGCGGCGGAGUCGGCGCUCCAGGUGGUGGAGAAGCUGCAGGCGCGCCUGGCCGCCAACCCGGACCCCAAGAAGCUUUUGAAAUAUUUGAAGAAACUCUCCACCUUACCUAUUACAGUAGACAUUCUUGCGGAGACCGGGGUCGGGAAAACGGUGAACAGCUUCCGAAAGCACGAGCAAGUUGGGAGCUUCGCCAGGGACCUUGUGGCCCAGUGGAAGAAGCUGGUGCCUGUGGAACGAAACAAUGAGGCUGAGGAACAGGACUUUGAGAGGAGCAAUUCAAGAAAGCGUCCCCGGGAAGCUCUUCAGAGGGAGGAGGAGGUGGAAGGGGACUACCAGGAACACUGGAAGGCUUCCGGCAGCCGAUCCUAUAGCCCCGAGCACAGACAGAAAAAACACAAAAAGCUCUCAGAGCUGGAAAGACCUCACAAAGUGUCUCACAGUCAUGAGAGGAGAGAAGAGAGAAAGAGGUGUCUCAGAGCAUCACCAGCAUACUCUUCGGACCCCGAGUCUUCUGACUAUGGCCAUGUCCAGUCCCCUCCCCCCUCCAGCAGUCCUCAUCAGAUGUACACAGACCAUUACAGGUCCCCAGAGGAGGACCCCGAGCCCACCAUCCCUCACCACAAGCCUGGGAAAGGCCACAGUAAUGCCUUUCAGGACAGACUGGGGGUCAGCCAAGAGCGGCACCUGGGUGAAGCCCAGGGGAAGGGGACUGUGAACCCCAACAAGGAGCACAAAUCUUCCCACAAGGAGAAACGCUCCGGGGAAGCCAGGAGUGAGGAGAAGUCCUCUUCGGGCAGAGAAAAACCGCACAAGUCCCUUUCCAGAGAGGAAAGCAGAAGGCCGCCGUCCGGGGACAGCGCCAAGGAGAAAGUGCCCUCGGCUGCCACCAAGAAAGAGAAGGACAGAGAAGGCAGCAGCCUCAAGAAGAAGUGUUUACCCUCCGUGGAGGCUGCCUCGGACAACCACCGUAAAAAGUCAAAGCACAAGGACUCUGAGAAAAGCCAGCCAGACAGAAGCAAACCAAGUGUGGAUGGCUCAGCCGCGGGCAAAGGGGCGGGAGACGCGGCCAGAGCCAGGGAGAAGGUUCCUAACCACCUCAGGGCUCAAGAAGGGAGAGUAAAAACCGGCCACCCAGAGCGGAAGUCCCUGGGCUCGCUCCCGAAAGUGGAGGAGACGGACCUGGAUGACGAAUUUGAGCAGCCCACCAUGUCGUUCGAAUCGUACCUCAGCUAUGACCAGCCCCGCAAGAAAAAGAAGAAGGUUGUGAAAACUUCCACCCCAGCACCUGGGGAAAAAGGACUUAAAAAAAGCGACUCCAAAAGCACUAGUAAAAACUUGGACUCAGUUCAGAAACUGCCCAAGGUGAAUGAAAACAAACCCGAGAAGCCGCAGCCAACCGGAGCCGAUUCAGCCAGGCUGAGAAAGGUCCCCGCGGAAGCAUUGCCAGUGUUGCCAGACCUCCCGCUAUCCACAAUCCAGGCCAAUUACCGCCCUCUUCCUUCCCUGGAAUUCAUGUCCUCUUCCCAGCCGAAGCGAAAAGCAUUCUCUUCGCUCCAGGAAGAAGAAGAAGCUGGAUUCACCGGGCGCAGAAUGAACUCCAAGAUGCAGGUGUACUCUGGUUCCAAGUGUGCCUAUCUCCCCAAAAUGAUGACUCUGCAUCAGCAGUGCAUCCGUGUGCUCAAAAACAACAUCGAUUCCAUCUUUGAAGUGGGAGGAGUCCCUUAUUCUCUUCUUGAACCCGUUCUGGAGAGGUGUACACCAGAGCAGCUGUAUCGCAUAGAGGAAUACAAUCAUGUUUUAAUUGAAGACACCGAUCAGUUAUGGAAAGUUCAUUGUCACCGAGACUUUAAGGAAGAAAGACCAGAAGAGUACGAGUCAUGGCGGGAAAUGUACCUGCGGCUCCAGGAUGCCAGAGAGCAGCGGCUGCGAGUCCUAACAAAGAACAUCCGAUCUGCACAUGCCAAUAAGCCCAAAGGCCGACAAGCAAAGAUGGCCUUUGUCAACUCGGUGGCCAAGCCACCUCGUGAUGUUCGGCGGAGACAGGAGAAGUUUGGGACAGGAGGAAUAGCUGUCCAUGACAAAGUCAAGAUUAAGCCAGCCCCGUACACCACAGGGAGCAGCCACGGUCCUGCCAGCAGCAACAGCUUUAACUCCAGCCUGGAGGAGCCAGCCUACGAUGGCCCCAGUACCAGCAGUGCCCACUUGACCCCAGUGGUCAGCAGUACUGUUUGCUAUGAUCCUAGGAAACCGGCUGUGAAGAAAAUUGCCCCGAUGAUGGCCAAGACGAUUAAAGCCUUCAAGAAUAGAUUCUCCAGGCGAUAAACGGAGGCCUUGCCUGGAGAUGGAAUUUGGGAGACAGGAAAACAGGGACAGUGGGGGCUGGGGAGUGAGCCCUCCAAAGGAGACCGGAGUCUUUGCUUUGUGCAGCCCUUUGGCUCUGAGUCCUGCACAUGUGCAGGCGUUGGCCCCGUGUGCCACAGCCCCGCGCCCUGACCGGAGCACACUUCAGAAUUCUGAAGACGAUGUGAAGCCUCAGUCUCACUGAGGAUUUUAAGGUCAAUGAUACUUUUGUUGCUAAUUAGAAUCUUUGUAAACUAUAAGACAUAGUUUUAAUUAAUAAAUAUUGCCCCCAGAUUGUAUUUAUAUCCCCCCCAGGGUUUUGCAGGGGGGUUUGUUGUUGCGUCCUUUACCACACGUUUAGCCUUUUCUUUUCGAGAUCCUUUAUCGAAGUUAGAUGAAAGCCAUUGCCCACCCCAGGUUGCUCUCUGGAGUGGAUUCGGUCCAGAGGGAGGACUGGGCAGCCCUGCGCCCCACGUGGUACUCGCCACACACAGGGCCAGGAGGGAGUGCCAGCCCGUCUUCGAGGGGAGCCUGGCACGGAGACAGCAGUGUUUGGGGGCUCCUAGUCCUGAGCCCCUACUCAAGUGUCGCUCCAAGUUCUAUAGAGGUGCCUCUUUCUACCCACUCAGUUGUAUUUAUAAGGGAGGUUCUCUGUAAAGUCUACAGCCCUUCCUCCUCUUCUUUGUAAGUCUCUGUUUUCUUUAUUUUAAAUAAGGCUCACUAGAGGACACAGCCUGGAGAGAUUAAUUUGCACAGAAUCAGCAAUUUUAUAAUUUCCAGUUUCCGAUUCAAAUUUUAGAUGAGCUUCCCCCAACUCCCUGUGCCUCAGCACAGGAAAACAAAACAAAAACUCCACAGACAUGGCAGGGUUUUCCUGAAGCCUGGAACGUGGCUUUGGAGUUAAAAACCCAGCACUUUAAUCUUGUUCCCUGUGAACUGCCAUCAGAAGUGAAUGGCUUUCAAGGUUGCAGUGCUCUGUUGGAAAUUGCUUUUGUUUUUGCCUGUUGUUUGAAAAGUCGGGUCACGUGACUAGAAGAGCAUAGCAGUGGUCUGUGUCUGGCAGAGACCUGUGCAGCUCUAGCCAGCACUGGGGAAGGAGCCGCCUAGGAAACUGUCUGAGCUUGGCAGGGGGCACCGCAGGUGUACCCGUCCAUCAAGUCUGGGAGAGGAGGCUCUUGAUUUCCGCUUGACACAGAAGUCGCAGGGCAAUGUCCACUCCUUCCUGGCUGUCGAAAAACAUGGACCUAAUAGGAACCGCUUGGUGGUGGCCAAGUUGCUAGCAAGGUGGAUGUAGUUGUUAAGACUUUGAAGUGUGCAGCCGUAGAAGCCUGUAGCACGCAGACUGAGGCUAUAGAUGGCUAGUGUGACAGCGGCCUGCUGAACCUGGCCAGGCGUCCCCUCCAUGAGCUCUCCUGAGGCCUAGGAUCUGGAGCCCACCGUAUUCACAGUCAUGGAGUGCUGGGCCUGGCUACCCGUGAAGAUUCCAUGGCCCCGCAGGCUGUGCUUCCUCAGAGACCGUUGCUGUGCAGGUGCCUGUUGCAGUGGGACAGAGGAUUGCUGUGUUUGAAUUUGUCGUAUCUAUGAAUUGGGUAAAGCAUCCUUUCUCUUGAUGAGGCUUGUUUUACCCCAUCCCGUAGCCCAGCCCCCGACAUCUAACAUUAGAAAGCCUCUUACCUGAAACUAAAUGAACUUUUGGGUCAGGCCCCAGGCACCUGCUGCCUGGAAUGGCUUCCUCUAGGUGUCUGUCACCUUGAUUUGUCUCCGAUGCUUUGCCAUUGAACCAGUUUUUCCUACUUCAGGUUCAGUUGUGUACGAUUUAAAUCCCCUUACUAGGAGUCUUUUAAGUGGAAAAGGAAGAAAGGACACAAAUUUUUGUCCGUCCCAAGGUCAGUAUCCACUUCUGGCACACACAGAUUUCCGAAGAACCCUGCUGGCCUAGAGCCGGCUCUCCCGUCUCCUGUGUCCGCGCCGCGGCUGGCUUGGUGAGAAGAGCGGGGCUGAGCACUGAGCACUGAGCACUGAGCCCUGGGGCUGGCGGCGCCACCAGCGCAGCGCAGGCCACGCGGACGGAGCCUUGGUCUCGGUCGUGAAGCCUCGUGUAACCUUUUUUCUGUGCUACACUACACCUGGAUCACCAAAUGACAGAUCAGCCCUUGUGACCCUCGGUGUGGCGGGCGGGCUCUUUGGGGCUUUCUCCCUUCCUCAGGGCGGGAGGGGAAGGGGCAAGGUGUUUUCCUGCUCUUCAUUUGUAUUUUGGUCCCAAAAUGUAAAUACAAUUUUCUAUGUUACUUUUUUGUGGUAACUACCGAGAUGAAUAUUUUAAUUAGAUAAGUUAUACAAAAACAAAAAUUCCAUGUCUAAAUAAAAAACCAAAAAAACCUC